CUAAAAUUUUCCGCCAACAUGGUGCCCACGAAUCUCCUGUGGAACCGGGACGGCCUCCUGUGCGCGUCGACCCCUUCCGCAUCGCAGCCCAUCAAAGUUCAGUCAACAGGCGCGGAUCUGGAACUAGAGCAUCCCAGCCCGGAGCCCAUCAACUACCUACACAGAAACCAAGGUCACAUUGCAGCAAACAGUUGCAGAGUGCUUGCACAACUACAUUGUGACGAUUGACGACUACAUAGCUUUGCCCGCAACGACCCUGGAAACCUGACGACCAUCAAUAGCCAACACAAUGGGGCUUGCUAAGAAUGCAAUCUAUUAUCUCUUCCACCCGAAUGAGCUCCGGUCCAUCAUUCAAUGGAAGGUAUGGCACGAGCCGGUCCACAGACGCGACCCGGCCAAGGAAACGCCAACCGAGAAAGCAUGCUUUCACUACCUCGAGUUGACCUCGCGGUCAUUCGCGGCUGUCAUACAGGAGCUCAACCCCGAGCUCCUGAUGCCGAUAACCUGUUUCUAUCUGGUCCUACGCGGGCUAGACACCAUCGAAGACGACAUGACGAUCGACAUCAAGGAGAAGGAGCCGCUGCUGCGAAAUUUCCAUGAGCACAUGGAGCAGGACGGGUGGACAUUCGACAAGAACGGGCCCAACGAAAAGGACCGAGACCUUCUUGUGCACUUUGACAACGUCAUUUACGAGCUGAAGAAGGUCAAGAAACCGUACUAUGCCAUCAUCAAGGAGAUCACAGUGAAGAUGGGCAACGGCAUGGCCGACUAUGUUCUGAAUGCCGAACACAAUAUCAACGGUGUCAACACGAUUGACGAUUACGAGCUGUACUGCCACUACGUGGCGGGCCUCGUGGGCGAAGGCUUGACACGCCUCUUCGUCGAGAGCAAGCUCGCCAAUCCGCAAUUGCUGGUUCGCAUGGACCUGACGGAGAGCAUGGGCCAGUUCUUGCAAAAGACCAACAUCAUCCGCGACGUGCACGAAGAUUGGCUUGACAAGCGUCGGUUCUGGCCCAGGGAGAUCUGGAGCAAGUACGUCGACAAGUGGGACGACCUGUUCGCGCCCGAAAACCGCGAGAAGGCGCUGCAGUGCAGCUCUCAUAUGGUGUUGAACGCUCUCAAGCAUGCCGAGGAAUGCCUCUUUUACAUGGCCGGCAUCCGCGACCAGAGCGUCUUUAACUUCGUCGCCAUCCCCCAGAGCAUGGCAAUCGCGACCUUGGAACUGGUGUUCCGUAACCCAGCCCUCUUCGAGCGGAACCUCAAGAUCUCCAAAGGCGAUGCCUGCAAGCUCAUGACAGAAUCCACGCAGAACCUGCGGGUAGUCUGCGACGUCUUCCGGAGAUAUGCGCGGAGGAUACACCACAAGAACGACCCGCGGGAUCCAAAUUACCUGGCCAUCAGCGCGCAAUGCGGGAAAAUCGAGCAAUUCAUCGAGUCCAUCUUCCCAAGUCAAGAUCCCAAGAAAAUCGCGGCGGGGAUGCGUCCUAAUGAAGAACCCGGUAUGGAUACCACGGAGUCAGUCUUGCUGGUGCUCUCAGCGCUAUCAACUUUUAUCCUAAUUGGAUUGCUCAUGAUGGGAAUGGCUUGGCUUAUGGGCGCUCGCUUCGACAAAUUCUUCCAUGGCCUCGACCAGGCGCUUGGUGGCAGCACAAGGCCGACAGUGACACCUGUGGCGCACGAAGAGCUGUGAAAACCUGAUGUUAUCCUCGGGGCUUUUGUUUUCUUCGCCUACUACACGUAAUGAAUACCCUUGGCACAACUGUAAUGUAUACCACGUCGAGCGACAGGCGGCGUCGCGAACGGGUCGUCUGAAGUUGGCGCCCCGCGGUGGGCAGGAUUGGGUCGAGGCCGGCCAGACGCCUACCUAAUACUAACUACCUCUUGAACUAAUAUAAGCAGACGCUUGGCCGCCUUUAUUGAGUGUCGUCGUCAUAUUGGUUACGGCUUUGGCUUGAUGCAAACAGCACGGAUGUCAAAUUGCAAUCCAGUCUUUC